GAGUCAGUAAUGAAACCCGAGAAAAGUGUGGAGGACAACGAAACCUCGACAAGACUGAGAGGAAGCAGAGAAAGGAAAAGGUUUAAUUCCGCUUCUCACCGCCUCAAGAACCGAGAACAACUCGCAGCUGCGACAUUUUUAAUCCCUCAUAUUUACUCCCAGUGAGCAUCUGAACAGAAGCGUUUCCCCUCCCUGAAAACACCAACAUCUCAAAGCAGCAGCGAUGGCGCCCUCUCUCCUCCAGGCCUACAGGAGGCGCUGGUGGAUGGCAGUGACGGCGGUGAUUGAAAACCUGCUGUGUUCGGCGGUGCUGCUUGGCUGGGGCUCGCUGCUCAUCAUGCUGAAGAGGGAGGGCUUCUACUCCCAUCUGUGUUCAGCAAAUGAGUCCGUGGUCGUGUCUUUGGGAAACACCUCUGACAGCGAGGUGGAAGAGUGGCUCAGCUGCGUGGACCAGGAGGAGAUGCUGAACCUCGGCUUCACCAUCGGCUCGUUCCUGCUCAGCGCCACCACCCUGCCUCUCGGCAUCCUGAUGGACAAGUUUGGGCCGCGCCCGCUGCGCCUGGUUGGCAGUUCGUGUUUCGGCCUGUCUUGUGUUAUGAUGGCCGUGUCUGCCUACGACCCUCAUGUUCUGUCAGCGCUCAUCUUCUUGGCUCUCUCCCUGAACGGAUUUGGAGGCAUCUGCCUGACCUUCACCUCCCUCACGCUCCCCAACAUGUUCGGCGCUCUGAGCUCCACCGUCAUGUCUCUGAUGAUCGGCUCCUACGCCUCCUCUGCUGUCACCUUCCCCGGAGUCAAGCUGAUCUACGAUGCAGGCGUGUCCUUCCAGGUGAUCAUGUGGAUGUGGGCGGGUCUCGCCGGGUUUGUCUUUUUCAACUGUUUCCUCAACUGGCCCACAGAAGGCUUCCCGACGCCUGACGAGGUCGACUACAGUAAGAUCCUCAAACUGCUGGAGCUGCCGGCAUCAGAGCAGAAGAGUGCUGAAGAGAGACUGAACCAAAAGAAUGGGGACAUCCAGCACUCCACAGAGAAACUCCCUAACGGACCAGAUGCUGCACCCAACAAUAUCCCUUUCCGGCGCUCUGUGUUCUCUCCCAUCUUCCUGUGGAGCCUGGUUACCAUGGGGAUGUCCCAGCUGAGGAUCAUCUUCUUCAUGGGGGCGAUGAACAAGAUGCUGGAGUUCAUGGUCACACACGGGGAAACGCAUCCCUCUGAGGAGCUGCUGAUCGAGGCAGAACAGAAAGUGAGUUUCUACUCGUCCAUCUUCGGCACGCUGCAGCUGCUGUGUCUGGUCACAUGUCCUCUGAUCGGAUACAUCAUGGACUGGAAGAUGAAGGAGUGUGAAGAGGAGAAGAUCAUCCCGGGCACAGAGCAGAAAAAGACCAGUGGGCCGACGAGGGACAGCAAGAUCCAGAAAGUGACCAACGCCAUGAGAGCCUUCAUUCUCACCAACAUGCUGCUGCUCGCAUUCGGAUGCUGCUGCCUCAUAGACAGCCUGCCUCUGCAGAUCCUGACCUUCAUCCUCCACACGAUGGUCCGAGGCUUCAUCCACUCGUGCUGCGGAGGCCUUUAUGCUGCCGUCUACCCGUCCAACCACUUCGGCACCCUGACAGGCCUCCAGUCCAUGAUCAGCGCCGUGAUCGCUCUGCUGCAGCAGCCGCUCUUCAUCGCCAUGGUCGGACCGCUGCAAGGAGACCCCUACUGGAUCAACCUCGGCCUGCUGAUCCUCUCACUGGCUGGCUUCCUGUUGCCAGGUUACCUGUUCUACCACCGCAAACAACUCAUUAGGGAAAAGGCGGACAGAGACAAGCGGGCUGCCGGACAGGAGCUGCAGGCACUGAACCACAGCGAGGCCAACGGCCACAAACCUCACAGCAACGGCCUCGCCGCCGUGGAGGCUUAGAGUGACGCGAUAGAGACGAGGUUCGGGUGGGGAAAUGUAGGAUUUAUUUUUGUACAUGCCUUCAAAAUGAGCACCAGCAAUCUACUCAUCCAAAAUGUGUUUUGUUAAGUUCACAGCUUUUUUGUUUGUUUGUUUCUUUCAUUUUUUGGUCAUUGCUGGAGCACAUUUUUCUCACCACAGAUUAGUGAAUCACAGAGCAGGUAGACUCCCUGUAGCUUGUCACGACUCAGAGGUUGACUGUAAGUUCCUUGUGAUUUCAGGAGGAAGCAAGUGUCAUCAUCAUUUGUUACUGUUUAUUUAUUUUGGCUUGAGUCAAAGAGCCAAAUUAGUGUGAUUUAAAGCCAUAGAUUUCACUCACAAGCACAUGCAAAGACACAUGCACACACGUCCUGGUAUGGCCUGUGUGGCAGACUGAGGAUAUCACGGUACUUGAAAUACUGUUAUAUAUAGUUUUCAAAGAUAAUCACAAUCCUUGCUAACACCAAAGAACAGCUUAACGAUAAUAGGAAAGACACACUUUCUACUUCAGUAUUUUUUCAGUAGUAUAAUUGUGCCACGCCUACUGUACUCCCUUCAACAAAAGCUAUGAAUAUGAAUCUAUAAGACACUAUUAAAAUUAAGCAAGCUAUCAAAUAAAAUAUGAAGCAUUUGAGCAUCUCAGUACCAGAUUUCUGGUACGUAUAAAGCUUUUAGGGCAUUUUUCAGAGCCCAGUUCACGAACAUAAGGCUGGUUGUAGAGACACCAAAUCUACCUCCACUGUUACCUUUUUUUGUACUGUCUCUCUGCAACCGACUCCUCCAUCUGUCCAUUUCUUUUUAUACAUUAAUAAAUAUUAAACCUUUGAUUGUAAAAUAACCAUCACAUUUAAUCAGUACAGAAUGACUCCUUGUGCAUUCAUGUUUUUUUUAGAGGCAUAGGUGAGUCAGGCCUUGCAUAUCCGGAUUUUUUUAUGUGUAGGAAAAAAAACAUUUUUAGGGAAAUUUCACAAGGAAAACUAUGACUGACUUUUAAAAUUGUGACACACAGUGUGUGCCAAUUUUAUUAAACACUUAAAUACUGUUUUAUGCACAGAAAUGAACUAGUGUGUGUAUAAACUGUGUAUUUAAGUGUCUUGUUUUUAUACUUUAGCGGCAGUAGCAUUAAAAAGGGAAGCGUUUGUUUCAGUAUCUGCAGAUGUUAUUUUGUAGUGUGCAAAAUUAUAAAUGAAGCUCAGAUGAUUUACUGUGUAUUCUGCUUUUGCCCUUUUUGCUGUUUUUUUAGUGAUGUUUUGAUUUUGGAGUAAACAAACCUCCAUCAAAAUGUUUUAUUGUAAAUAAAGCGUGUCUCGUAUUUUAUGACAUUCUGCUUGCUUUACCACAUAUGGGUGUGUGCAGUAUAAGACAGUGUAUUACGGAGAUUUUGGCUGUGGUUUAAACUUUUUUUGUGUGUUUUCUGCUUUAAGAAGAUUCCUUUUGUUUCAGCCAGCUGCAGAUCAAUGUAGACACAAUGUACAUUCAUCCAAAGUGACAACAAAAUGUGUCUAUUCUGCACACAUGAAAUGAACUGUAAAUGUAUAAUUUUUUAUUUUUUUGACUCAAUCCACAUCAGUUUCAGCCAAACUUUCCUUGCUUGACUGUUGCAUUUCCUUCCAUUUCCUCUUUGCUCACCUGCGCUGAAGGAGACAGCUUUAUUUCAACUCUGUGCCUUUUUGCUGCUGUUUGAACUGUAUUGCAAUAGACAUGAAUGUUAAGAUCAAUGCCUCUGCCAAAUGUCUUUCUCUGUAAACCAAAGCCAUGUGUAGGGACUGUAAGGUAGUCGAUAGUACUGCACCUUUCCUCAGGAGAAUGUACAGGAAAGCCUGACGACGCAAUGUUGUCCUGCCUUGAAUACCAGUUUGCUAUUGUUGACAGUCACAGGUGUUGAUUAAGCUUGAAGGUCAUUUCUGAGGCUGUACUUUGUGUUGUUUAGUGUAAGUACUCCAUUUCAAUCAGUGUGUCAUAAUGUUUGAAAAACCACUCGACCAGCAAUCAAAGCAGCAACUAUCAGACCUCUGUAGGUGGUUGUUAGACCUCUGUGAAAGUUGACAGAUACUGCCAUAUGAUUCAAAUUAAUGUGACUCCCAUGUGCUUAUGCCUUUGUGAUUGGCAUUUAGAAUAGCUGCUGCUUGAAUUGCUAUGAAUCAAGUUUAAUCAACACCUCUGAUGGUCUCUACGACAAAAUAGAACAUGCUUUGCUUUAUCUGUAUUUUAAGAUGAUCACCCACAGUGGCUUAUUAACUCUUCUCUGGGGUUGAAGUGUCCGUAUGUCCUGCUAAAUGUACACCUUCCUUUUCCUGCCUUUAAUCAGUAUAUCAAGCUUGUGCAUUUGAUAAACAAAUAAAUGUAUGAAUAUAAAUAUUUUGUCCCAGUGCCAUUCACUUAAAUGGUUCAUGCACCUUAUCAAACCAAGUAGUCCUAUGAGAGGUCUUAAAGGACGCACAAGCAAAGAUAAUAAUCAAAGUUUAUUUGAUUUUGGCAUUCUGGUCAAAAGAUCUCACAACAAAAUAAAAGAGGGACAUACAUACAGUGCCUGCUCAGUCAUUCGUAACACCACACAGCCCAUCAGCGGCCUUUUACACUGUUCUGUAACAUCUCUUACCACAAUCACUCACGCAUGCACACAUAAAUCAUACAACCAUUUGCAUUAUUUUAUUCAUCCCCUCUCUCAUCAAACAUACUCCCUAUAAUACAAUUAUCUGUAAAAUACACACAUGCAUCCUC